UUACGUAAUGACGUAAAAGGAACAGUGAAUGUUUUACUUUUACUAACAGUUCUUUGAAACGAAACGAACCAAACCAAACGAAUCAAAUGAAAUACUGAGAUAAACACGAGUAAGAAUAAGAGAAUAAGUUAUACAAAUAGGCUAUAUCAACAUUUUGGUUUGGCAUGUGCCAGGAUGUGCGGGAGAACAGCUUGCACUCUUGCGCCGCAUGAGCUCAGUCGUGCGUCUCAGUAUCGAGACCGAACAGGACAACGACACAGGCCCCGGUGGAAGGAUGGAGACGCCGACAAAUACCGGCCCUCAUACAACAAGAGUCCUCAGUCCUUCAGUCCUGUGCUGCUGUCCAACAGACACUUCAACAAGGAUGCCCCUGUAGAUGAGUGUGUGUUGGCAGCGAUGCGCUGGGGUCUCGUCCCGGCAUGGUUCAAAGAGAACGACCCCAAUAAGAUGCAGUACAACACCUCUAACUGUCGCAGUGAGAGCCUGCUAGAAAAGAAGUCUUACAAGGAUCCUCUUCUGAAAGGCCAGCGCUGUGUCAUUCUAGCUGACGGCUUCUACGAAUGGCGGAGACUGGAGAAAGAGAAACAGCCUUUCUUCAUAUAUUUCCCACAAAGCCAAGGAGGACAAGUGCCCAGUCAACAAAGUCCACAGCAGCCGAAAUGCGACCAAACUUUGGACCAGGGCGAGAGCGAUCAAGACGACAGUGACUGGGCUGGGUGGCGACUGCUGACAAUAGCAGGUCUCUUUGACUCCUGGACUCCUCCUUGUGGUGGAGAGGCGUUGUACACUUACACUGUUAUUACUGUGGAUGCCGCUCCAAAUCUUCAAAGCAUCCAUGACAGGAUGCCGGCUGUGCUGGACGGAGAGGAUGAGGUAAGACGGUGGUUGGACUUUGGAGAAGUUAAGUCACUGGAAGCCAUGAAAUUACUUCAACCGAAGUCCUCUCUGACGUUUCACCCUGUCUCGUCACUGGUUAACAAUUCCCGCAACAACUCCCCAGAGUGUCUGCAGCCUGUAGACCCCACGAUUAAGAAGACUGUUCAACCUACAGCUAGCAGUAAAAUGAUGAUGAGCUGGCUGAAAACUGCCUCGCCCACUAAGAGGAAGAAUCCUGAUGAAGAUACAUCAGCUAAAGGGCCUGAAGAAAAGCUUGAAGCAGAGAAGCAGACCAAGCCGGCUGGGACUCUCCAGCAAUGGCUGCUGGGAACUGGUUCCAACAAGAAACCAAGGACUUGAAAACAGAACUACAGUGUACUUCCUUACAUACUGUAGACAUCCCAUCUUUUCAGAAUGACCAAACUGACUAGUUUAAAGAUUUAAAAUGCCUUAAAAUGAUAAGUAUUAAUUUUGCCAAGUAUUCGUUGUGUAGAUGUGUUCCUAUUUCAUGACUUUAUAUGACAGAAAUAAACAUUUCACAUUUAGUA